AUGCAGCCCCAGCGACGCCGGCGUGAGUCCCUCACGCCCCAGCAGCUGCGUGAGUGGUACGCUGGUUGGGGCUGUAGGGGUGGCGACACUACUCCUACUACCACUCCUGCUGCUUCUACUCGCGGUGGCGGCCAGAUGCAGCUCCCGCGACCCUCUCGCGUGUCUCUCACGCCUCGCCAGCUUCGUGAGUGGUACGCUCAGAGUGGAGGGUCUCUCAGUGCUGUUCGCUGCUCUUACGUGAUUCGCACUGGUACUCGGACUGGUCAGCCUUGUGGGACACGUAGUCAUACACCGUCCCGCUGCUUCGCCCGUCUGAGCGACGCCUGGCGUACCGUGUUUGGCGACGAGGCUGAGCUUCCCGACUGGGUGGAGUUGCUUAGGCAGAGGGUAGAUAUAUAUGCUCUUGACUAUGAUGCUAUUCUCACUGCCAUGUAUGCAUUGCCAACUAGUGCUGACCGUGCCGGUCACCUGUGCGUCCCGCCUGACCCAGGUAUAGGACCUGCUGCUCUAGCUACUGGUGAGGCUGCUGCUCUGGGUGCUAGUGAGUCUCCUGCUCCAGGUACAGGUGCGGCUGCUGCUCUAGGUGCUAGUGAGUCUGCUUCCUCAGGUGCGGGUGAGGCUGCGCUCUCAGGUACCGCGUUGGCUUCGGCCUCCCUCACCUUUACACUUGACUCUGGGGCUUCUCGCUCCUUCUUUCGGGACCGCACCACACUCACGCCGCUUGGUCGGCCGGUUGUAGUCUCCCUGGCUGACCCCUCUGGGGGUCCUGUCCUCGCUCACUUCUCCACUGUCCUCCCGUGUCCUGCUGCCCCCUCGGGCACCCUGUCUGGCCUGUACCUCCCCUCGUUCUCGACGAACUUGGUGAGUGGUGCAGACCUACAGGAUGCGGGGGUUCACCAGUUCACUCCUGCGAGUCAGCGGGUGACCCACUGCACAGACGCACGCACACGCCGGCACCUGGCCACGUUCUCGCGUCGGCCGGGGUCGAGCCUCUACACCCUGACCACUGAGUCUCCUCCUGUCCCUGCGUCCGGUCAGGUAGCAGCGUCGGGUCAGGUGUUUGCUGCUGCGUCCAGGUCUGGUCCUGAGUCUGCCCCCUGUACUUGUCGCCUCCUGUCUCACGAGACUCUCCUGUGGCACCACCGUCUUGGCCACCCCUCCUUGCCCCAUCUUCGGAGCAUGGCUUCCCAUGUCCUUGUCUCUGGUCUUCCCCAGUCUCUCCCUCCUCUCCCCUCCGGGCCAGGACCUUCCUGUGUCCCCUGUGUCGAGGGUCGCCUCCGGGCUACUCCUCACUCCUCCCACUUCCCCCCGACAGAGGCUCCCCUGCAGACGCUUCACAUGGAUGUGUGGGGCCCAGCCCCCGUCCGUGGGCAGGGUUACGAGCGCUACUUCCUGUUGGUGGUUGACGACUACUCGCGUUACACCACAGUCCUCCCCUUGCGCAGCAAGGGUGAGGUCACUGCGGUGCUGAUCGACUGGAUCCGCGAGGCUCGUCUCCAGCUCAGGCAGAGCUUCGGCUCGGACUUUCCUGUUCUGCGUCUGCACUCGGACAGAGGCGGAGAGUUCUCCUCUGGCCUUCUGCGUGCCUACUGUCGGAAGGUUGGCGAUGCGUCUGUGUUCCGUGUCUGGGGAUCUCGGGCGUUUGUCCGCGACUUGUCUGCGGACAAGCUGUCCCCUCGUGCUGCUCCCUGUGUCUUCCUUGGCUUCCCCACUGACGCCCCAGGGUGGCAGUUUUACCACCCCUCCUCUCGUCGUGUUCUGUCCUCCCAGGACGUCACGUUCGACGAGUCAGUCCCCUUCUACCGUCUCUCCCCCUACCGCACUCCUUCCCUCCCCCCUCCCCCGGACUUCCUUGUACCGGUUCCCCCCCCGGUAGACCCCCUCCCCCCUCAGGUUCCUGCCCCCUCAGAUGUGUCCCAGAUAGACGCCGUUGACCCGGUCGAGGUUACAGGUGACUCUGGUGCUGCUGCGGGUGCUGAGCCUGGGGGUGCUGACUCUGGGGGUACUGGGCCUGCGGGUGCUACUGCGGAGGGUGCGGAGCAUGGGGGUGCUGAGCCGGGGGGUGCUGUGCCUGGAGGUGAUGGGUCUGGGGGUGCUGGGUCGGGAGCUGCUGAGCCUGGGGGUGCUGCGUCUGGAGCUGCUGAGCCUGGGGUUUCUCCUGCUGCUGCGUCUCGCCGGGAGCCCCUCUCUCCACAGGAGCUGCGCGAGUGGUACGCUCGCCGCUGGAGGCGUGCUGCUGAGUCUGGAGGUGCUGCUGGAGCUGGAGCUGGAGCUUCUUCGACCGUCGAGGGUGCGGGUGCUGCCGGUCCCGGAGCUGCUGGACCUGCGGGUCCUCCUGGAGCGGGAGGUGCUGAGGGCGUUCGUGCUGAGCCUACUGCUGUUGGUCCUGCCGCUGGAGGUGUGGGUGGCGCUGGUGCUGUCGCUGAGGGUGCUGGUGCUGUCCCUGUUGAGUCUGGAGCUGCCGCGCGGCCUCGGCCGUACUUUGUUCCGCUCCUACAGCAGGUUCUUGGUCUUUCUCCUUCGGUAGAGUGUCCACAGCCUGUCCAGUCGCAGUCACUGUUGGAGCCUUCCUCUCCUCUGCCUGCUCCAUCUCCUUACACUGGUCCUACUGGAGGUCUUGCUGAGCGUCGUGAGCCUGCGUCUCGUCCCGCGUCGCCUGUUCGUGCUGCUCGCGCUAGUGGUCGCGGUUCGCGUCAGCGUCCUCCUCCUAUCCCUGGCACGCACCGGAUGUCUCUGCGUCCGUCCACUGCUCCUCUGCGUGCCCCUUUGCCUUCUCCUCCUGAGUCCUCUCUUCCUGCGCUUGCCGACCCUGAGUCGGACUCUCUUCGCGCUGCCAGUCCUACUGUCACGCGUCUGCUUGCUACUGUCGUCACUGACCCCUCUUUUGAGUCCACUGCUGCGUCUGCUCUAGUCGCUGAGCUCGUUGACAUUGCUGGUCGCUGUCGUCUCGACUACGCUGCUGGUCUUGUUGUUGAGUCUGCGUCUGUCUGUCCUCCGUCCGUCGGAGGUGAGUGUGCUCUUGGCACGAACGUCCUAGAGGACAGACAGGAGGAGUUACAGUGUCUAGCGGCUGCUUCACCUCAUCUCGCGUCUGUACUGCUUGCCCCUGAGGGAGACCCGGAUGCACUAGACAUCCCGACUCCGCGUUCUUACGCGGAGGCCGUAGAGGGUCCCUACUCCUCUCAGUGGCAGGCAGCUAUGGAUGCAGAGAUGGCUUCCUGGAAGUCCACAGGCACCUACGUUGACGCAGUUCCCCCUCCUGGGGCGAACAUCGUCAGUGGCAUGUGGAUCUUCCGGGUGAAGCGGCCGUCGGGCUCUCCACCUGUCUUCAAGGCGCGGUACGUUGCUCGUGGCUUCAGUCAGCGGCAGGGAGUUGACUACUUUCAGACCUUCUCUCCCACCCCGAAGAUGACCACUCUUCGGGUGCUGCUGCACAUAGCCGCUCAGCGCGACUACGAGCUUCACUCUCUCGACUUCAGCACUGCGUUCCUGCAGGGUAGCCUGCACGAGGAGAUCUGGCUGCGCCGUCCACCUGGCUUCACUGGGACUUUCCCUCCUGGCACCCAGUGGAGCCUCCAACGGCCAGUCUACGGUCUCCGCCAGGCACCGCGUGAGUGGCACGACACACUGAGGACUACGCUUGCGGCUCUUGGGUUUGCUCCUUCUACUGCUGACCCGUCGCUGUUUCUGCGCAUUGACACUUCACUGCCGCCGUUCUACAUCCUCGUGUACGUCGACGACUUGGUCUUUGCCACAGCGGACACUGCUGGACUCGCCUACGUGAAGUCCGAACUGCUGAAGAGACACACGUGCACAGACCUGGGUGAACUGCGCAGCUACCUUGGCUUGCAGAUCACUCGGGACAGAGCACGCCGCACCAUUACCUUGACUCAGUCACACAUGGUGCAGCAGGUCCUUCAGCGCUUCGGCUUCACGUACUCCUCGCCUCAGGCCACUCCUCUGCCUACUCGCCACUCACUCUCAGCUCUGCCUUCGGAUGAGUCCGUAGAGUCGAGUGGUCCAUAUGCAGAGCUUGUUGGCUGCCUCAUGUACCUGAUGACCUGCACACGACCUGACCUUGCAUACCCUCUGAGCAUUCUUGCACGCUAUGUUGCUCCUGGGAGACACAGACCAGAGCACAUGGCUGCAGCGAAGAGGGUAUUGCGCUACCUGUGCAGUACGUCGGGCAUAGGGCUUGUGCUUGGAGGGCGGAGUCCAGUGGUCCUUACCGGCCACGCAAACGCUUCUUGGGCUGACGACCAGGCUACGCAGCGGUCGUCACAGGGUUACACCUUCAGCCUUGGUUCCGGCUCUGUCUCGUGGCGGUCUACUCGCUCGUCUUCGGUUCUCGGCUCUAGUUGUGAGGCUGAGAUCUACGCCGGGGCCAUGGCUGCACAGGAGCUUCGCUGGCUCACCUACCUGCUGACUGACCUUGGAGAGCCGCCUCGUUCUCCUCCAGUGCUGUACGUAGACAACAAGGCCAUGCUGGCCUUGUGUCGAGAGCAGCGCUUGGAGCACAGAACGAAGCACAUUGCUCUCCGCUACUUCCUUGCUCGUGAGCUGCAGCAGCGUGGCCAGUUGCGACUUGCGUACGUGGCAUCUGAGGCCAACACUGCUGAUGUGUUCACCAAGGCACUCGCGCCUUGUGACCAUCAGCGCUUUUGCACCCAGCUGGGUCUUGUGUCUGUCUUGCCUCACUUGCUCUCCUCUUGA